AUGAUGUUGUACCUGUCAGACCGAUCCCUUAUUUAUUUGUCAAUCUUUUCUAUACCUGGCUUGUUACUCCUGAGCCUGGUAUAUAUUCGCUUCCUAGCAUGGUACCGACUCCGGCACAUCAACGGGCCCUGGCUCGCUUCUUUUUCGUACCUAUGGUUGCUCUGGGCGACCUUUAAAAAGGGCCAAGGCAUCAGCUUUAUGAAGCUCGACCAAAAGUACGGAUCUCUCGUGCGCAUCGGGCCUAAAGAUCUUAUAACCAGUGACCCUGAGAUCAUCCAGCGGAUGAGCGGUGCGCGGUCUAAGUAUCGGCGUUCAUCGUGGUAUAAACAGACCCGUGUAGACCCUUACUACGCAUCUUUGUUCAGUAUGACGGACACCGCCGAACACACUAAGAUAAAGGCGAGAAUGUCGUCCGGGUAUAGGAAUAAGGAGAACUCAGCACUAGGUGUCGAUGAACAGUUGGCCGAAUUUGUAGCUUUGAUUCGACGCAAGUAUUUGUCGUCGGAUCAUGAGCUACGAUCACUGGAUCUUGCUGGCAAGAUAACAUUUUUCGCACUAGACGUCCUCAGCAAAGUUGCUUACGGCCGGGCGUUUGGAUAUCUGCGGACGGACUCGGACGUACAUGGCCAUGUUGAGUCUAUGGAGGCUGCUAUAAAUUCCUUGUCGGUAUUGCUUGACCUUCCCUGGCUCACUGGGCUGGUGUUCAGCAAGACUUUCCUCCGUUUAUUUGGGCCAGAACCUACGGACAAGAAUGGGAGAGGGAAAAUGAUGGGAUUUGCCCAGGCUGUUACCUCCGAGGAACGUUUUGGACCUGAUGCUAAAGACCGGCAAGACAUAAUAGGGUCGUUUAUAAAACAUGGCUUCACGCGUCGUCAAUGCGAGACCGAAAUCCCCUUCCAGAUUAUAGCCGGUAGUGGUACAGUCGCUACAGCCAUUUGCGAGACGAUGCUUAGCUUACUAUCGUCACCCCGUGUUUACUUUAAGCUACGAGAAGAGAUAGAUGGAGCUAUAGCAAGAGGCCAGAUUUCAUCACCGAUCAAGGAGGAUGAGGCGACGAAGCUAGAGUACCUACAGGCUGUAGUAUAUGAAGGUCUUCGUAUCAAUACUCCUCUAUCCAGCCUCCUUUCGAAGGAAGUUCCCCCUGAAGGAGAUAUAAUCGACGGCAAGUUUAUCCCAGGAGGAACUCGUAUCGGUCAUAACAACUUCGCUAUACACCGUUCGACAGCCACCUUCGGCCGCGAUGCGCACGUAUUUCGACCUGAGCGUUGGCUCGAUAUCGACGUAGAAAAACACCGCAGGAUGACCCAGACUGUAGAGCUUAUCUUUGGCUACGGUCAGUUCGGUUGUCUGGGAAAGAGUAUUGCGUUCACGGAGUUGAAUAAAAUCUAUGUUGAAUUGCUCCGUUACUUUGAUUUCCAGUUGAUCAAUCCAAAGAAGCCCAUAUACAGCGUGGAUCGCAAUAUAUUUCUCCAGAAGGAUAUGUGGGUGAGAGUAACUGAGAGAGCUUGA